UAGAAGAAAGAUUCUUCGUUUGUGCGUAUCCACGUCGAUACGCUUUUUGGAUUACUGGACUCGCAAGAGUACCGACCUUCAUUGACCUACAAGUCUACCUACAACACCAAAGGAGACGAUGGGUAAAGACUACUACAAGAUCCUCGGCAUCAGCAAGGGUGCCAGCGACGAUGACAUCAAGAAGGCCUACCGGAAGCUCGCCCUCAAGUACCAUCCCGACAAGAACAAGUCUGCGGAGGCCGAGGAGAAGUUCAAGGAGGUUGCCGAGGCGUACGAGGUGCUCAGCGACAAGAAGAAGCGGGACGUGUACGACCGCUUCGGCGAGGAAGGCCUCAAGGGCUGA